AUGGCAGAUCCAUACUUGCAGGAGUCAUCUACAGUUGAUGCAUGGCUCCUCCAGCAGAUUAUAGAUAGCCCCUCCGUACCUUUGCCUGGCUGGACGGCUCAGCACGCUGGGGACGGGCAGUACCCUGAAGACUGGAUAGACGCAGACACUGAUCAGGGGUCCGCGCAGCUUACGGUGGCAGACACGGCUUCCAAUCCUGGAAUGCUCACUAGCCUUAGCAGUCAGUCUCAGUCUUCGGGGGGCAAGUGGGAAACACACCCGGAUGAGUGGCCGGCGGUACUGCACCAAAAUCCUUACGCAGACUUGUCCUCCACCUCAGAAAUUCCCGGCAGCGUUGGCGACCAGCUGCAGUCUUUCGGGGGCGAAUGGCAGCCACAAACGGGCAGUUGGCCAGUGCAAGUGUACCCAGAUCCUCACCGAGGCAGUCUUGCUGCGUGA